AUCCCAAUCCAAGAUAAAACAGCAUAUUCUUUGCAGCAGCAAAAUCCUGAAGAAACAAUGGCGAAAGUUUCAGUUCAUCAAGUGGCACUCUUUGUGUUCCUAAUUCUGGUUGCAUCUGGUUUUAUGCAACAAGCUUUUGGUAGAGGCGACCAGUGCAAACAGGACAAAGAUUGUGCGAAAGCUUGUAGUCACCGCCCACAUUGCCCUGCGCUGUGCCUUGGCGGAUUUUGCCUUUGCAACUGCGAUUCUACAAAAAUUGAUGUACAACAAAACGUUAACAAACCCUUCUAGGCUAUGUCUUCCUUGCUUUGGGUUACAAGGCAAAUAAUGAUGCAUAAUACUUUAUAACUUAAUAUUAAUAACAUUCUAUCUUCAACUUC